UCUAAGCUUUGUAUGUGAGAGUGAAUACCUCUGCAUAUGUUUAAUUUGAGGCUGGCUAACUGAAGCUUUAGAUGAAAAUCCAUCUAAGCCUCCUCUUAAACCUCCUCCAGCCCCCAGCUGAGGUCUACUGCGACCUGGACACCAGCAAGGCUCUACCUGUGGUGCAGCUCUACGUGAUGCCCUCCUUCUUCCUGGCUGUGCUCAUCCUCGGCCUCCCCCUCAACCUGCUCUCCCUCUGGGUUUUCUCCCACCGCCUGCGCAGAUGGACCCGCAGCACGGUGUUCCUCUUCAACCUGACCCUGGCUGACUUCUCCUGGCUGCUGGCGCUGCCCUUCCUCAUCCACUACCACCUGAGUGACCUCUGCUGGACGCUGGGGCUGCCGCUCUGCACGGCCGUGAGGAUGCUCUACCACAACUACUUCUACCUCAGCAUCUUCUUCGUCACAUGCAUCAGUGUGGAUCGGUAUCUGGCCAUUGUUCACCCGCUGCGCUCCCUCGUGCUGCUGGGCCGCCGGCAGACCUACCUGCUGUGCGCGGCGCUGUGGACGUCCGCUCUGCUCCUCAGUGUACCUGUUGCCACCAUGACUCUGAUCCAGACCUGCCCCGGGAGCAACCGCACCAUUUGCACCCUGUACGUCCUCCUGAAUGAGCCCUGGCAGAGCCUCCCCUACUCCCUCUCCUGCUCCAUCCUCGGCUUCCUCGUCCCGCUGCUCUGCAUCUGCUACUGCGGCCUCCACAGCGUCAGAGAGCUGCGCCGUCUGCCUGAUCCGCACAACAAGCAGCUGCGUCUGCGGCGGCUGCUGAGCGCAGUGUUGGUCUUAUUUGCGCUGUUUUACCUGCCCUACCACCUGAGCCGCAACGCCUCCGUCGUGGUGCGGGCGGUCUACCAGAACAACCCUUCCUCCUGGGGGCCUGCAGACAUGCUCUUCUCCCUGGAGAUGUGCUUCUGCGGCCUCAUCACCUGCGUCAACCCGCUGUUCAGCUGCUUCAUCGGCCGCCAGUUCAGGAAGGAGUUCUACGGCACUUUUGUUGUCAUGUUUCCUCACUGUGGGGGCCUGCAGGUGGACUCAGUGAAGUCCAAACGGUCCCGGAUGACGGUGAGAAGAAGACAGAAGACGUCUGCUGUCACACCUGUGUGCGAACCGGCUGCUCCCAGACCAUAGAGAGCUGUGGAUCUGUAGAUGAAUAAUGUUGUUUCAGUGAUUGUGUCAAACAUCAUGAAGCUGUAAACAUGUGAUCAUAGUCUGUGUCAGUAGAAGGACUAAACAAAUAAUCCAGCUCUCAGAAUCGUGUGUUUCCUGUUUAACCAGCUGUUUUACUUAAGUGGUGACAUCUGAUAAAUACACUGCUCACAACAAUG